AAUCUCUCUCUCUCUCUCUCUCUCUCUCUCUCUCUAAUCUGUAAUUUUGUAUGGAAGACGAACGCGAUUUUCAAUCUCAUUCUCCAUCGGUGAAGCACAAGUUCCGAUCAAGUCUCUGCUUCUCUUGUUGCUUCGGUAACGGACAGCAUGAACAACUCGAUGAUGUAGACAAGCCAAGAGUCGUGAAAGCUUCAUCAGAAUGGCUGAAAACCAGGGCCCACGAAUUCCCUGAAUUCAAAGAAAAAUGCCGGAAUCUAAUCUUUCGGAUGGGUAGAGGUCGUAGACACUCGGCCGAUUUCAAGUACGAUCCGUUAAGCUACGCUCUUAAUUUCGAUGAAGGAACAGAUGAUGAUCAUCAAAAUGAAGAAUUACCUCUGAGGAACUUCACUUCAAGGCUUCCUGCUUCGCCUCGGAAAUCUGUGGCUGUGAGUGAGAUCACUGCAUGUAGUUAGAGAUUAAUCUUGGUUUCUUAAUUUCUCUUCUCCCCCC